GGAAGAAAUGGGGGUGGCAAACUGCAGUGGCUGGUGGACCUGUCAGUCGUCACUGGAAACGGAGGGAUUUUUGAAUUUAAGAGCUCCAUGAACCUCCCUCCUGACAAAGCCCGACUCCUGCGCCAGUACGACAACGAGAAAAAAUGGGACCUGAUCUGCGACCAGGAGAGGUUCCAGGUGAAGAACCCCCCCCAUACCUACAUCCAGAAACUGCAGACCUUCCUGGACCCCGGCGUGACUCGCAAGAAGUUCAGACGGAGGGUGCAGGAAUCGACCAAAGUGCUGCGGGAGCUGGAGAUCUCCCUGAGGACCAAUCACAUCGGGUGGGUUCGGGAGUUUCUCAAUGAUGAGAACAAAGGCCUGGACGUCUUGGUGGAGUAUCUUUCCUUCGCACAGUGUGCUGUGAUGUUUGAUUUUGAGGGUCUGGAAAGCGGCGAGGACAGCGCGCUAGAAAAGCUGAAAUCCUGGAGCAGAUCCAUCGAGGAUCUGCAGCACCCCAUGACCCUGUCUGCCCCCUUCACCAACAGCCUCAGCCGCUCUGCGCGCCAGUCCGCCCUACGCUGCAGCACUUUGCCCAGCAGGAAGGCUCUGAAGAACUCGCGGCUGGUGAGCCAGAAGGACGACGUCCACGUCUGCAUCAUGUGCCUGCGGGCCAUCAUGAACUACCAGUACGGCUUCAACCUGGUGAUGUCCCAUCCCCACGCUGUUAAUGAGAUAGCGCUCAGCCUGAAUAACAAGAACCCCAGGACCAAGGCCCUGGUGCUGGAGCUGCUGGCGGCUGUCUGCCUGGUGAGGGGAGGCCACGAAAUCAUUCUCGCUGCCUUUGACAACUUCAAAGAGGUCUGCAAAGAGACGCACCGCUUUGAGAAGCUCAUGGACUAUUUCCGGAACGAGGACAGCAACAUCGAUUUCAUGGUGGCCUGCAUGCAGUUCAUCAACAUUGUGGUGCACUCGGUGGAGGACAUGAAUUUCCGGGUGCACCUGCAGUACGAAUUCACCAAGCUGGGCCUGGAGGAGUUCCUGCAGAAGUCGCGGCACACGGAGAGCGAGAAGCUGCAGGUGCAGAUCCAGGCCUACUUGGACAACGUCUUCGAUGUGGGGGGGCUGCUGGAGGACGCGGAGACCAAGAAUGUGGCGCUGGAGAAAGUGGAGGAGCUGGAGGAGCACGUCUCCCACUUGAUGGAGAAGCUGCUGGAUCUGGAGAACGAGAACGUAAUGCGCGUGGCGGAGUUGGAGAAGCAGCUACUGCAGCGAGAGAAAGAGCUGGAGCUGGUCAAGGAGACCUUCGAGAGCACGACUCACCAGGUGCACACGCUGCGCAGGAUCAUCAAGGAGAAGGAGGCGGCUUUCCGGCGGCACUGCGGCUCCUGCCAGCCCGGGGAGCCGGGGGGUGACCUGCUGCCGCCCCUGGAGGGUGAAGGAGACAUCCCUGACUACGACAUCUGCCUCCCGGCCUUGCCUCCUGUGGAGGCUGCCCCCCCGCCCCCACCUCCUCCACCCCCUGUGCCCCCGCCGGCCCCGCCACUGCCAGACAAGUGCCCCCCUGCCCCUCCACUGCCUGGGGCCUCACCCUCCGUCGUCCUCACUGUGGGGUUGUCAGCCAUCCGGAUAAAGAAGCCCAUCAAGACCAAGUUCCGCCUGCCCGUCUUUAACUGGACGGCCCUGAAACCCAACCAGAUCAGCGGCACCGUCUUCAGUGAGCUGGACGACGAGAGGAUCCUGGAGGACCUGGACCUGGACAAGUUCGAGGAGCUCUUCAAAACCAAAGCUCAGGGCCCAGCCAUGGAGCUGGUCUGCGCCAAGAACAAGGCCUCACACAAGGCAGCCAGCAAGGUGACGCUGCUGGAGGCCAACCGGGCCAAGAACCUGGCCAUCACGCUGCGCAAGGCAGGCCGCAGCGCCGAGGACAUCUGCAGAGCCAUCCACAUGUUUGACCUGCAGACGCUGCCGGUGGACUUCGUGGAGUGCCUGAUGCGGUUCCUGCCGACGGAGGCGGAGGUGAAGCUGCUGCGGCAGUACGAGAAGGAGCGCAAGCCGCUGGAGGAGCUGGCGGAUGAGGACCGGUUCAUGCUGCACUUCAGCAAGGUGGAGCGCCUGGCGCAGCGCAUGACUAUCAUGGCGUUCCUGGGCAACUUCCACGAGAACCUCCAGAUGCUGACGCCGCAACUCAACGCCGUCAUCGCUGCCUCGGCCUCCGUCAAGGCAUCUCAGAAGCUGAAGCACGUGCUGGAGAUUAUCCUGGCCCUGGGCAACUACAUGAACAGUAGCAAACGUGGCUGCGUCUACGGCUUCAAGCUGCAGAGUCUGGACCUGCUGCUGGACACCAAGUCGACAGACCGGAAGCUGACGCUGCUGCACUUCAUUGCGCUAACCGUGCGGGAGAAGUACCCGGACCUGGCCACCUUCUGGCAGGAGCUGCACUUUGUGGAGAAGGCAGCAGCAGUGUCCCUGGAGAACGUGCUGCUGGACGUAAAGGAGCUGGGGCGCGGCAUGGACCUGAUCAGGCGGGAGUGCAGCAUUCACGACAACAGCGUCCUGCGCAGCUUCCUGGGCGCCAGCGAGGGUCGGCUGGAGAAGCUGCAGAAGGACGCCAAGACAGCAGAGGACGCCUACAACACGGUCGUGCGCUACUUCGGCGAGAGCCCCAAGACGAUGCCCCCCUCCGUGUUCUUCCCCAUCUUCGUCCGCUUCAUCCGCUCUUACAAGGAUGCAGAGCAGGAGAACGAGCAGCGGAAGAAGCAGGAGGAGGUGCUGAGGGAGAAGAUGCUGGCGCAAGAGGCCAAGAAGCUGGAGAAGCGGAACAAGUGGCAGCAGCAGGAGCUGAUUGCAGAGCUGCGCCGGCGCCAGGCCAAGGAGCACCGGCCCGUCUACGAGGGCAAGGAUGGGACCAUCGAGGACAUCAUCACGGACCUUCACGCCCGGCCGCUCAGACGGGCCAACGCUGCCAGCCGGAGCCUGGACCCAUCCGCUGGGACUCUCCCCAGGGGCCUCUGUCCUGCCCCUCCCGCCCCCUGCCCCGACUCCGCACUGAAGGACCAAAGGGACCUCGGGAGAGGCUGGCUCUGUGCCUUGGGAAGUGCCUUAGAGCGACAGUAUUAGCGAGUGCCUGCACCUCCAGGGCAAGGAAGGAGCCAGGCUCGCAGACAGGACUGGCCAAUGCUGCCGGAGCCGGCAGGCAGGGGAGACCCCUGGCGUCCGCAGGACACUGGCAGCUGCAGAAACCCCUGGCACUCAGGCUCAAGUGGCCGUCACGCUGGGUUUGGAGGCCGCCUAGCCCUGUGUUCUGAGUCUUGGGGGGCAGCGUUAGACCGAUUUCUCCCCACCCACACAUCCUGCAGGAGCCCAGUGGGUCUCAAGCCAGCACAGCCCAGGGGGACUGGGCUGUUCCAACCUUUAUCAGCUCCUGGCAGCAGCUGCAGCCAGCCCACUCCCCACCCUGCCUCAUUCCCAGCCACUCGGAAACGCUCCAGCCCAUGGCCGCAUAGGGGCAGCCCCUGGCCUGGAAGGGGCGCUGCAGGGAGGACGCUGGGGAAGCCGGCUCGGCAGCCGUGGCUGGUUAAAUAACCUCCGGCAGUGAUGUUCCAGCAGCUCCCAGCCAGGCGAGGGCCCCGGCCUUCCACAGGCACAACACCCACUGGGGCUACACCUUGCACCUCCCCUGGGCCGAUUUCCCAUUGCGGGCCAUGGGGGCGCCAGGGCAGGGUACAGCUGAUACGGGUAAUGCUGUGCCCGGGGCCGGGAACCACUGCGACACAGGGCCUUCCCCCCUCUCUAGGCCAGCUGAACCUGCUGUGUCCUCCCAGGGGCAGCUCUGGCCAUUGACUGGUGGCUCCAGCCCAGCAGAGCAGGACAGCCCCCCUCUGGGGCAGAUGUGGCCCAGCUAGGGGGGAGGCCACAAUCCUGCAGGGAGUAGGGUACCAGCUUCCACUGCAAUUUGGACUUGAAUUAACUUCACCCCUGAGGCUGGAGUAACACUAUCCAAGCUAGGGCCUGAGCCUCCCCGGCACCAGGGAUGUUCUCCCAACCCUGCCUCCCCGGUAUCGAGCCGUCAGGCCGCCUCCUU